AUGUCUGAAAUAAAAUCUAAUGAUAUGUCCUUCGAGUUUAAUGAAACAGAAACAAAUAUUAAUAUGUCAUUUGAAGUCGAAUUGACUACAGUAGAACUAACUGAUCAUAUAUCAUUUGUGAUAACUGAAAAUUCACCAACUGAUUCAGUGUACUCAACUUCUGAAACACCAGUAGAACUUUGCAACCCCUUAGAUAGAAAGUGCUGUGCUAAAAAUAUGUUACAAGAAGUCGAUUUGAAUGCAGUAGCAAUAAGCGAUAAUAUGUUGUUUGAGAUAAAUGAAAAGGCUUCAACUGAUUCAUCAUGCUCAACUUUCGAAACACCAGUAGUACGUCGCAACCGCUUAGCUAGAAAACGCUAUGCUAAAAAGAUGAUACAAGAUACUAAUCUUCUUGCUGUUGGUAAUUCAGAAAGUGCAUAUGAACAUAAAAGAAGGCUCCAAAGAGAAGCAUAUGCUCAACCAAAGAGACGAAAAAUCAAUUGUUAUACUUCUAAGAAUGCCUAUAUGGAACUUUAUGACAGUAGAAUUGUAGCACUGUAUGACCUUGGUAAAAUGAAUAUUGAAU